AGAAAAAGCCGCUGCUCGCCUGAGCCGCUUUAGCCCCUCGAGUUAUAAAAAUAAAAACACGUUAUUGUGUCUGGCUCUGAGGAUUUAAAACCCUGAGCUGUGUGAGGACAUGAAAAUGGAGACAUCCAUGGAUGGAGAGACCUCAGAAGCCUGUGUGAAGAAAGAGGAGACGCUGGAGCUGAGCAUCUACAACUAUGGAGACUGUCUCGACAACCCACCUGAAGGCCUCUCCGUUAAAGUGGAAGAUCCUGACGAUAAAGACCAUCUCUACUGUGAAGUUUGCAAAUCCUUCUUCUUCAACAAAUGCGAGGUUCAUGGACCACCCCUCUUCAUCCCAGAUACUCCUGUUCCCAUGGGAGUCCCUGACCGAGCCAGACAAACACUUCCUCCUGGGCUAGAAAUCCAGAAGUCCAGUAUUCCUGAUGCAGGCCUGGGAGUGUUUAAUAAGGGGGAGACUGUUCCAGUAGGUGCACACUUCGGCCCCUGCCAGGGAGAGCUGGUGAACCGAGAAGAAGCCAAGAACAGUGGAGACUCCUCGGUUGUAUACAGGAGCAUGCAGUGUGAAGAAUACGUCGAUGCCAAAAGAGAGACGCAUGCGAAUUGGAUGAGGUAUGUCAAUUGUGCCCGUAAUGAAGAAGAACAGAAUCUUGUGGCAUUUGAGUAUCAAGGGGGAAUUCUGUAUCGUUGCUGUCGAUCCAUUAACCCAGGACAGGAGCUCUUGGUGUGGUAUGAAGAGGAGUACACCAAAGAACUCCGUCCUGUACCUACAGGAACAACCACACAGCAAGAAGUAAAGAACACUCUGCUGCAAGUCUUUUCAUGCUCCACAUGCCCUCGUUCCGAUGCAUCUCCAAUUUACCUCGACAAGCACAUCCAGAGAUGCCACUAUGAAGAGUACGUGAGACUGCAAGAAUCAGGAGAGAUUAAAUAUAAGCUUCAGAUCCCCUCCAAAUGCUCCAGUCGUCAACCAACAUCAACUGAUCUUAUCCAUUCUGGUACUUCCCAUAAUGAUGUACAGAAGGAAAUUCACCACUGCUCAGAUUGUGGAAAGAGUUUUAGUUAUCAGAAUGCACUCAAAACACACCAGCACAUUCACACAGGAGAGAAGCCGUUUCACUGCUCACAGUGUGGGAAGAGUUUUACUAGUCCGAGUGCUCUCCAAAAACACCAGCGCAUUCACACAGGAGAGAAGCCGUAUCACUGCUCACAGUGUGGGAAGAGUUUUACUAGUCCGAGUGCUCUCCAAACACACCAGCGCAUUCACACAGGAGAGAAGCCGUAUCACUGCUCACAGUGUGGGAAGAGUUUUACUCGUCAGAGUCAUCUCCAACGACACCAGCGCAUUCACACAGGAGAGAAGCCGUUUCACUGCUCACAGUGUGGGAAGAGUUUUACUAGUCAGAGUCAUCUCCAAACACACCAGCGCAUUCACACAGGAGAGAAGCCGUUUCACUGCUCACAGUGUGGGAAGAGUUUUACUAGUCAGAGUCAUCUCCAAUAUCAUCAGCGCAUUCACACAGGAGAGAAGCCGUUUCACUGCUCACAGUGUGGGAAGAGUUUUACUAGUCAGAGUAAUCUCCAAACACACCAGCGCAUUCACACAGGAGAGAAGCCGUUUCACUGCUCACAGUGUGGGAAGAGUUUUACUAGUCAGAAUGCUCUCCAAAAACACCAGCGCAUUCACACAGGAGAGAAGCCGUUUCACUGCUCACAGUGUGGGAAGAGUUUUACUCGUCAGAGUGCUCUCCAACAACACCAGCGCAUUCACACAGGAGAGAAGCCGUAUUAUUGCUCACAGUGUGGGAAGAGUUUUACUAGUCAGAGUCAUCUCCAAUAUCAUCAGCACAUUCACACAGGAGAGAAGCCGUAUCACUGCUCACAGUGUGGGAAGAGUUUUACUAGUCAGAGUAAUCUCCAAAAACACCAGCGCAUUCACACAGGAGAGAAGCCGUUUCACUGCUCACAGUGUGGGAAGAGUUUUACUAGUCAGAGUCAUCUCCAACGACACCAGCGCAUUCACACAGAAGAGAAGCCGUAUCACUGCUCACAGUGUGGGAAGAGUUUUACUCGUCAGAGUCAUCUCCAACAACACCAGCGCAUUCACACAGGAGAGAAGCCGUAUCACUGCUCACAGUGUGGGAAGAGUUUUACUAGUCAGAGUGCUCUCCAAAAACACCAGCGCAAUCACACAGGAGAGAAGCCGUAUCACUGCUUACAGUGUGGGAAGAGUUUUACUAGUCAGCGUGAUCUCCAAACACACCAGCGCAUUCACACAGGAGAGAAGCCGUUUCACUGCUCACAGUGUGGGAGGAGUUUUACUGAACGGGGUUCUCUCCGCCGACACCAGCGGAUUCACACAGGAGAGAAGCCAUAUCACUGCUCACAGUGUGGGAAGAGUUUUACUUAUCAGAGUGCUCUCCGACGACACCAGCGCAUUCACACAGGAGAGAAGCCGCGUCACUGCUCAGUGUGGGAAGAGUUAUACUCAUCAGAGUGAUCUCCAACGCAUUCACACAGGAUAGAGGCCGUAUCACUGCUCAGUGUGGGAAGAUGUUUGACAAUCAGAUAAACAAGCAUCACCACAACCUCCUGAGACUGGCAAUAGGCAAUCACCAACAACAGCAGUGGAUGUAACCCCAAGCCCCUCUGUAUCUCCUUCACCCCCCAGACUGCGUUUUCCUGAGAAAAUGGAGAGACUAUUGUCUUUAAGCCGAGUGUCUUUGGCAAGCCCAAGAGGACACUCAAAUCAAGUACCGUACACAGAGCUGUCUCAUGGUCAGGCCUUGUGUACCCCAAAAUCUCUAAUGAUAUAUCUAACUGCCACAGCACCCAAGAAACAGAGGGCACCACCUCCCCCUGUGAUUACAGAUAAGACUCAAGGACCAUGUGCACAGCUACAGUUCACCAGCAGCAGUGAAGACCUUCAUGCUGGAACGAACUGAUAUAAUCUGGUUCCAGAUGGUAGUUUUGAAAAUAAGCUGGGACCCACGACGUACUUUUUCUAUUCCUGUGCUAACAAGGAGGAGAGGUGUUCUUAUUCAUCCUAUCAAUGGGGUAAACUCGUCAAAUCUCCUUCCAGUUCCAAAACAACCACAGAACGCUUCUGUGGAAAUUAUCCCCACAUUCACUCUAAAACUAGCUCUUCAGAAUGUAAGAUCACUUAAUAAGCCUUUUUUUUUAAUUAAUAACUUCAUCGGUACACACAAACUGGAUUUUAUGCUUCUUACUGAAACUUGGCUUGAACAAUCAAGUAGCUCUAUUACUCUUAUUGAAGCAACUCCCCCACUCUUUGAUUUCAUGAGUGUUGGAAGAGCCAAUAAACAGGGAGGAGGAAUAGCAAAUAUAUACAAGGCAUGUUUUCAGUACAAACAGACAACUCUUGGUGACUUUACAUCUUUUGAAUACCUAAGUGCAAUCCUAAAAUGUUCUUCUAACAUAUUAGUGUUGACUAUUUACAGACCACCAAGACUUUCUGCACCACUGUUCCUAGAGGAGUUUGGGGAACUGUUGUCAAAUAUUUGUUUAGAGUUUGACAAUCUUAUUAUUUCUGGGGAUUUUAAUUUCCAUGUUGAUAAUCCAGAUUAACACGUAUGCAAAUUAAUUUCUUACACUGAUUGAUGCCUUCAACCUAAUACAACAUGUACAAGGGCCAACACACUCCCAUGGCCACACCCUCGACCUUGUCAUCACUAAGGGUCUUAAUGUAUCUACUAGUGUCAUGGAUCUGGGUAUAUCUGAUCAUUUCUGUGUUUUCUUUGAUGUUUCCAUUUCCCCUCACUUUCAAAACAAGUCUGUGACUGUAAAAAAGAGGGUAAUUACCAAUGGCACAGCAGCUCUUUUUGAGCAGGCACUCUCAGAACUCCCAUGUCAAUCUUCAGAUUGUGCAGAUGAUCUAAUGGAAAUUUUUAAUUCAAGAAUGAAUCAUAUUAUGAAUGCUAUUGCUCCUUUUAAAACCAAAAGAGUCAUAGACAAAGGAAAAGCACCCUGGAAACUAAAUCCAACAGUUAAAAUGUUAGAGGGAAUGUAGAAAGUCUGAAAGAAAAUGGCGUGAAUCUAAACUCCAGAUUCAUUAUCAAAUCUACAAAGGGAUGUUAUGUAAAUACAACUUAGAAAUUUCUAAAGCAAGACAGUUUUUUUUUUUUUUUGCUGACAUUAUUAAUAGGAAUAUCAACAAUGCCCGUGUGCUAUUUUGUACAGGUGAAAAGCUAACAAACCCAUCAAAACAAAUGCCUUCUGAAUUUCUCUGUUAAUACAUGCAACGACUUUGCAUCUUUUUUCAAAGGAAAGAUUGAUAAAAUACGUAUGAAUAUAGGGGGCGGCACGGUGGUGUAGUGGUUAGCGCUGUCGCCUCACAGCAAGAAGGUCCUGGGUUCGAGCCCCGGGGCCGGCGAGGGCCUUUCUGUGUGGAGUUUGCAUGUUCUCCCCGUGUCUGCGUGGGUUUCCUCCGGGUGCUCCGGUUUCCCCCACAGUCCAAAGACAUGCAGGUUAGGUUAACUGGUGACUCUAAAUUGACCGUAGGUGUGAAUGUGAAUGGUUGUCUGUGUCAGCCCUGUGAUGACCUGGCGACUUGUCCAGGGUGUACCCCGCCUCUCGCCCGUAGUCAGCUGGGAUAGGCUCCAGCUUGCCUGCGACCCUGUAGAAGGAUAAAGCGGCUAGAGAUAAUGAGAUGUAUGAAUAUAGCCACACAGGUGCAAACACUUCAAAAUCUGUAACCAUUGGAUAACGAGUGAGGGGGUCGUAAUACAAUGUCAACAUUUAGUUUAAUUGAUGUUGAGACUCUGAGAAAAACAGUACAAAGUCUCUCGAUUACAUUCAUUAUGUCUUAUAUUAAAUGUAGUUAGUUUUUUUUUCUUUAUCAGACAUCUAGAUGUCUGAUAAAGAAAAAAAAAAAACUAAGUACAAAGUCUCAGCUCCUCCACAUCUGAACUGGACAUUUUUACCUACAGUCUUUUUCAAAUCUGUUCUUCACCUAAUAUCAGACGAGGUACUUCAGAUUAUCAACACCACGUUACGAACUGGCAUGUUUCCCUCAUCUCUGAAAAAAGCGGUUGUAAAACCCCGACUGAAAAAGAAUAACCUGGAUGUCUCAGUACUCAACAACUACAGGCCCAUAUCCAAUUUGCCAUUCGUUGGUAAAAUAAUUGAAAAAAUUGUUUUUAAUCAAUUAACUGCCUUCCUGACAUUUAAACGGAUGUUUUGAUAAGUUUCAGUCAGGUUUUCAUGCCAAUCAUAGCACUGAAACAGCUCUUACUAAAGUCAUGAAUGACCUACGUCUUAAUUCUGAUGCUGGUAAAACAUCAGUCUUGGUGCUUUUAGACUUAAGUGCUGCAUUUGACACGGUAGAUCAUUCCAUACUGUUACAUACUGGAGCAUUGGGUUGGAUUUACUGGUAUAGUAAUCUCGUCUCGUCGUCUUCCGCUUUAUCCGGGACCGGGUCGCGGAGGCAGCAGUCUAAGCAUGGAAGCCCAAACUUCCCUUUCCCCAGACACCUCGGCCAGCUCCUCGGGAAGAACACCGAGGCGUUCCCAGGCCAGCCGAGAGACAUAGUCCCUCCAGCAUGUCCUGGGUCUUCCCUGGGGCCUCCUCCCGGGGGGACAUGCCUGGAACACCUCCCCAGGGAGGCGUCCAGGAGGCAUCCGAAAAAGAUGCCCGAGCCACCUCAGCUGAUUCCUCUCGAUGUGGAGCAGCAGCGGCUCUACUCCGAGCUCCUCCCGAGUGACUGUGCUUCUCACCCUAUCUCUAAGGGAGCGCCCAGCCACCCUGCGAAGGAAACUCAUUUCGGCCACUUGUAUCCGCGAUCUUGUCCUUUUGGUCAUUACCCAAAGCUCAUGACGAUAGGUGAGAGUCGGAAUGUAGAUCUACCGGUAAAUUGAGAGCUUCGCCUUUUGGCUCAGCUCCUUCACCACGACGGACCGGUAAAGCGACCGCAUCACUGUGGAGGCUGCACCAAUCCGCCUGUUGAUCUCACGCUCCAUCCUUCCCUCACUCGUGAACAAGAUCCUGAGAUACUUAAACUCCUCCACUUGAGGCAGAAGUUCUCCACCAACCUGGAGAGGGCAAGCCACCCUUUUCCGGUCGAGAACCAUGGCCUCGGACUUGGAGGUGCUGAUUCUCAUCCCAGCCGCUUCACACUCGACUGCAAACCGCCCCAGUGCAUGCUGAAGGUCCUGGUUUGAAGAAGCCAACAGGACAACAUCAUCCGCAAAAAGCAGAGAUGAAAUCCUGUGGUUCCCAAACAGGAUUCCUUCUGGCCCCUGGCUGCGCCUAGAAAUUCUGUCCAUAAAAAUUAUGAACAGAACCGGUGACAAAGGGCAGCCCUGCCAGAGUCCAACAUGCACUGGGAACAGGUCUGACUUACUGCCGGCAAUGCGAACCAGACUCCUGCUCCGUUCGUACAGGGACCGGACAGCCCUUAGCAAAGAGCCCCGAACCCCAUACUCCCGAAGCACCCCCCACAGAAUACCACGGGGGACACGGUCGAAUGCCUUCUCCAGAUCCACAAAGCACAUGUGGACUGGUUGGGCAAACUCCCAUGAACCCUCGAGCACCCUAUGAAGGGUAUAGAGCUGGUCCAGUGUUCCACGACCAGGACGAAAACCGCAUUGUUCCUCCUGUAUCCGAGGUUCGACUAUUGGUCGAAUUCUCCUCUCCAGUACCCUGGAGUAAACUUUCCCUGGGAGGCUGAGAAGUGUGAUUCCCCUAUAAUUGGAGCACACUCUCCGGUCCCCUUUCUUAAAAAGAGGGACCACCACCCCAGUCUGCCACUCCAGAGGCACUGUCCCUGACCGCCACGCGAUGUUGCAGAGGCGUGUCAACCAAGACAGCCCCACAACAUCCAGAGACUUGAGAUACUCAGGGCGGAUCUCAUCCACCCCCGGUGCCUUGCCACCGAGGAGCUUGCAAACCACCUCAGUGACUUCGGCUUGAGUAAUGGACGAGUCCACCUCUGAGUCAUCAGCCUCAGUCUCCUCAGUGGAAGACAUGACGGUGGGAUUGAGGAGAUCCUCAAAGUAUUCCUUCCACCGCCCGACAAUGUCCCCAGUCGAGGUCAACAGCUCCCCACCCUCACUGUAAACAGUGUUGGCAGAGUACUGCUUCCCCCUCCUGAGGCGCCGGACGGUUUGCCAGAAUUUCUUCGAGGGUGACUGAUAGUCCUUCUCCAUGGCCUCCCCGAACUCCUCCCAGUUCCGAGUUUUUGCCUCCGCAACUGCCCGAGCUGCAGCACGCCUGGCCUGCCGAUACCCGUCAGCUGCCUCGGGAGUCCUGGAGGUUAACAUGGCCCGAUAGGACUCCUUCAGCUUGACGGCAUCCCUUACUUCUGGUGUCCACCACCGGGUUCGGGGAUUGCCACCACGACAGGCACCGGAGACCUUGCGGCCACAUCUCCGAACAGCCGCGUCCACAAUGGAGGUAGAGAACAUGGUCCACUCAGACUCAAUGUCCCUCGCCUCCCUCCCUCGGAAGCUGGGAAAAGCUCUCCCAGAGGUGGGAGUUAAAGACCUCCCCAACAGAGUGCUCGGCCAGACGUUCCCAGCAGACCCUCACCAUACGUUUGGGCCUGCCAGGUCUGUCCAGCUUCCUCCUCCGCCAGCGGAUCCAACUCGCCACCAGGUGGUGAUCAGUUGACAGCUCAGCCCCUCUCUUCACCUGAGUGUCCAAGACAUAGGGCCGGAGAUCAGAUGAAACGACUACAAAGUCUAUCGUUGACCUCCGACCUAAGGUGUUCUGGUGCCACGUGCACUUAUGGACACCCCUAUGCUCAAACAUGGUGUUCGUUAUGGACAAACCGUGACUAGCACAGAAGUCCAAUAACAAAACACCACUCGGGUUCAGAUCGGGGAGGCCGUUCCUCCCAACCACGCCCGUCCAGGUGUCACUGUCAUCUCCCACGUGAGCAUUGAAGUCCCCCAGUAACACAAUGGAGUCCCCAGUCUGAGCACUCCUCAGUACCUCUCCCAGGGACUCCAAGAAGGCCGGAUACUCUAUACUGCUAUUUGGGCCGUAGGCACAAACAACAGCAAGAGCCCUCUCCCCAAUCCGAAGGCGCAGAGAGGCGACCCUCUCGUUCACUGGGGUAAAAUCCAACACAUGGCGGCUGAGCUGGGGAGCUAUAAGCAAGCCCACACCAGCCCGCCGCCGCUCACCACGGGCAACUCCAGAGAAGUGGAGAGUCCAGCCCCUCUCGAGGAGCUGGGUUCCAGAGCCCAAGCUGUGCGUGGAGGUGAGCCCGACUAUCUCUAGCCGGUACCUCUCAACCUCCCGCACAAGCUCAGGCUCUUUCCCCCCCAGCGAAGUGACAUUCCAUGUCCCAACAGCCAGCCGCUGUGUCCGGGGAUCAGGUUGUCGAGGCCCCUGCCUUCGACUGCCACCCAAUCCACAUUGCACCAGUCCCCUACUGCUACCUCUGUGGGUGGUGAUCCCACAGGAGGUCGGGCCCACGUCACCUCUUCGGGCUGAGCCCAGACGGGCCCCAUGGGCAAAGGCCCGGCCACCAAGCGCUCGCAUACGAGCCCCAACCCCGGGCCUGGCUCCAGGGUGGGGCCCCGGCUGCGUCAUCCCAGGCGACGUCACGGUCCUCGGAUUUUUCUCCAUAGGGGUUUUGUUGAACUGCUUUUAGUCUGGCCUGUCACCUAGGACUUGUCUGCCUUGGGAAACCCUGACAGGGGCAUAAUGCCCCCGACAACAUAGCUCCUAGGAUCAUUCAAGCACACAAACCCCUCCACCACAAUAAGGUGGCAGUUCUAGGAGGGGUGGUAUAGUAAUCAACUGGUUAAAAUCUUAGCUACAACAAAGAUUUUUUUAUGUGGCCAUUGGAGGCCACAGUUCAUCACCCGUGUCCUUGAACUGUGGGGUUCCCCAGGGCUCAAUCCUGGGACCAUUACUAUUCAACCUUUUAUAUACUCCCACUUGGACAAAUUAUUAAGAAUAACUCAAUAAACUUCCAUAGCUAUGCAGAUGACACUCAGCUUUACUUAGCUAUGUCACCUAAUGACUAUGCCCCUCUUGAGUCUCUUCAUAGAUGCAUUGACCAAAUUAACAAAUAGAUGUCUCACAAUUUUCUUCAGCUGAACGCACAUAAAACUGAAGCAAUUAUAUUUGGCAAAAAGGAGGAAAGGCUUAGGAUUGCCACUGUUCUUGAAACUAAGGGGCUUAAAGCAAAGGAUACUGUCAAAAACCUUGGUGUCCUUAUUGACAGUGAACUUCAACAGUCAUAUGAAAGUGGUAAAAAAAGUCUGCAUUCUAUCACCUAAAAAACAUUUCUAAACUCAGGGGUCUCAUGUCAAAACAUGAUCUAGAAAAACUUAUUCAUGCUUUCAUCUCCAGUAGGGUUGAUUACUGCAAUAGCCUUUUCACAGGUCUUCCAAAAAAGACCAUCAAAGAGCUUCAACUAAUCCAAAAUGCAGCAGCAAGGGUUCUUACAAGAACAAAAAGGGUAGUUCAUAUCACUCCAAUCCUAAGGUCUCUGCACUGGCUCCCAGUGAGCUAUAGAAUUGACUUGAAAGCACUAUUUCUUCUAUUUAAAACAUUAAAUGGGAUGGGACCCAGCUACCUAUUGGAUACGUUUCAAUUAUAUGCACCAACUAGGUCUCUAAGAUCACAGGAGAAAAACUUGCUAGUAAUACCAGCUGUCAAAACGAAGUGUGGUGAAGCAGCCUUUAGUUGCUAUGCUGCUAAGCUUUGGAACCAACUUCCAGAUGAUAUCAAAUCAAAAUCAAAUCAAGUUUAUUUGUAUAGCGCUUUUAACAAUAAACAUUGUCGCAAAGCAGCUUUACAGAAUUUGAACGACUUAAAACAUGAGCUAAUUUUAUCCCUAAUCUAUCCCCAAUGAUGAAGCCUGUGGCAACGGUGGCAAGGAAAAACUCCCUCAGGCGACAUGAGGAAGAAACCUCGAGAGGAACCAGACUCAAAAGGGAACCUAUCCUCAUUUGGGCAACAACAGACAGCAUGACUAUAAUAUUAACAGUUUUAAAAGGUAUAACCCUCAACUGUCCUCAUGGGGCCGUCCUUCACAGGAGCGGUGCAAUAAAACUCCGACCAGACACAGGGCACCAGGAUGGAUCAAGCAGGUCCGAGGGGCAGAAGAGGCCAGCAUCUCAAUCCCAGGAUCAACAUGUAACUCAGAGGGACAGAUGGGGGAGGGGGGGAGAGAGAGAGAGAAAGAAAACACGUUGUUAGGUAUGCCCUAAAAAUGACAAGUAUUAAAUCUGUGUGGUAGGCUCGCAGAGACGAGAGUCUUUACAUCAGGCAGAACACACAACAAUGGCAUGUUAAUAUGGUAAAAAAUAUCAUGACCUGCUCUGGCUGGAUGCUUGACUGGGUGAUGGGAGCACACUCCUCAGCAAUGAUGAGAUGCAGAUGGGACCCUUAGGGCUGGCCAAGACAAUUCAGUUACAUUUCACCGGGUCUGGGACAUGCGACAGAAGUCUGACGGCCGAUUCCCUGCAGGCUACGAUAGCCAGUCGAGGUCUCCACCCUCUCCACCAAAAGAUUUCCUGUUGACUCCAUGUAACUCAGAGGGACAGAUUUGGGGUGGGGGGGGAGGGAAAGAAAACACAGGUGGUUAGGAAUGCCCAAUGUCACCUGAAUAAGUAGGAACAGUAUACAUAUUGUACCGAGUACAAGCAGGGACUCCGGCAACUAACUAUGACAGCAUAACUAAAAGGAGAGAGCCAGAAGGUAACACAGGCAUGAGGGAGCCCCGGGACAUAAAGCAGCCAGCCACUACACCGUAAACAAACUUGAGUGAGCAAGUGAGUGGGGACUGACAGCAUCCAUACAUCCCAGUUUACCAAAACACUCCAUGUCUGAGGACCCUCUAGAUCUACACCUUUACCUCAUAAACACCAUUAACAAAAGGCUUGACUAAACAGAUAUGUUUUCAGCCUAGACUUAAAUGCUGAGACUGUGUCUGAUUCCCGAACAUUACUUGGAAGGCUGUUCCAUAACUGUGGGGCUUUGUAAGAAAAGGCUCUGCCCCCUGAUGUAGCCUUCACUAUACGAGGUACCAGCAGAUAGCCUGCACCUUUUGAUCUAAGUAGGCGUGGCGGGUCAUAAAGGAGCAGAAGUUCACUCCAGUACUGUGGUGCGAGACCAUUUAGUGCUUUAAAGGUCAAUAGUAGUAUUUUAUAAUCAAUACGAAAUUUGAUUGGGAGCCAAUGCAGUGUGGAUAAGACAGGCGUGAUGUGGUCAUAUUUUCUAGUUCUAGUAAGGACUCUUGCUGCUGCAUUUUGAACUAACUGGAGCUUGUUUAUGCACUUAUUGGAACAUCCAGACAGUAAGGCAUUACAAUAAUCCAACCUGGAGGUAACGAAAGCAUGGACUAGUUUUUCUGCAUCAUGCCAUGACAUUAAAUUUCUUAUCUUUGCAAUAUUUCGGAGAUGAAAGAAAGCUAUCCGGGUGAUGUUAUCAAUGUGAGUUUCGAAUGUAAGACUGGGGUCAAUAAUCACUCCGAGGUCUUUUACUGCUGCACGUGAAGAAACAGAAAGGCCAUCCAGAGUUACUGUGUAAUCAGAAAACUUACUUCUAGCUUUAUGUGGUCCUACUACAAGUACUUCAGUCUUGUCAGAGUUAAGCAGAAGGAAAUUAAUAAGCAUCCAGUGUCUAAUGUCCUUAACACAUUCCUCAAUUCUAUUAAGCUGGUGUCUCUCAUCAGGUUUUGCAGAGACAUACAACUGUGUGUCAUCAGCAUAACAGUGGAAACUAAUACAAUGUUUACCAAUAAUAUCGCCCAGAGGUAACAUAUAUAGAGAAAAAAGCAGUGGACCCAAGACAGAACCUUGUGGAACACCAAACUUUACCUCGGUACGUCUAGAAAUAUCACCAUUUAUAUCAACAUACUGAUAACGAUCAGUUAGAUAAGACCUGAGCCAGGAGAGGGCCGUUCCCUUAACUCCCACAACAUUUUCUAGUCUAUCCAGAAGAAUGGAAUGAUCAAUGGUAUCAAAUGCUGCACUAAGGUCAAGCAACACAAGUAGCGAGACACAGCCCUGAUCAGACGCCAAGAGUAGGUCGUUUACUACUUUAACCAGUGCUGUCUCUGUGGUAUGAUGAGGUCUAAAUCCUGACUGAUACAUUUCAUGGAUGUUAUUCCUAUGUAAAUAUGAGCAUAACUGCUGUGCCACAGCUUUUUCAAGGAUCUUGGAGAUAAAGGGGAGGUUUGAUAUUGGCCGAUAAUUGGACAGCUGACGGGGAUCAAGGUCAGGUUUUUUAAUCAUGGGUUUGAUAACUGCUAGUUUAAAGGAUUUGGGUACAUAGCCAAUCAUAAGAGAAGAAUUUAUUAUUUUUAGAAGCAGUUCAGUCACUCCAGGCAUUAUCUGAUUGAAUAGAUGUGUCGGUAAGGGAUCUAGUACACAAGUUGAGGCUUUUGAUGUAGAGAUUAAUGAAAGUAAUUCAGUUUCUUUUAGGGGAGUAAAACAUUCUAACUGAUGAUCUGAUACAGUUAUAUUGUUAACUACAAGGUCACUUUCAUUGUCUAACCUUAAAUUAGUAGUUUGAAUUUUUUGUCGGAUAUUCUCAAUUUUGUCAUUAAAAAAAUUCAUGAAGUCGUUGCUACUACAUACUGCAGGUGUGCAUGUGUUGAUAGUGGACUUAUUCCUGGUUAAUUUUGCGACAGUAUUAAAAAGGAAUCUAGGAUUAUUUUUGUUAUCUUCUAUUAGGGAGGAGAAAUAUGUUGAUCUCGCAGCACUAAGAGCUUUUCUAUACUUCAGGAAGCUCUCCUUCCACGCUAAUUUGAACACUACCAAUUUUGUUUGACGCCAUUUACGUUCCAAUUUUCGAGUGGUCUGUUUUAAUGUGCGAGUGUCAUCAUUAUACCAGGGUGCUAAUUUUUUGUCUCUGACCAUUUUCCUUUUUAGAGGAGCUACAUUAUCUAAAGUAUGGCGGAAUGUUGACUCUAAGCAUUCAGUUGCCUGAUCAAGUUCUGCAGGGGCUGACAGUGACCCAAUCAAAGUUGACAACUCUGGGAGAUCAUUUAUAAAGCUCUGUGCAGUAGUUGACGUGAAAGUACGUUUAAUACAGUAGCGUGGUGAGGUGCAUAUAUUAUUACUCAGACUUAUUUUGAAUGAGAUGAGACAAUGAUCUGAGAACUUCAGACUGUGGAAGUAUGACUAUAUUGUCUACGUUUAAUCUGAAUGUUAGUAUUAGAUCAAGGGUGUGACCACCAUUAUGGGUCGGUCCUAUGACAUUCUGCUUAAUCCCAACUGAAUCUAAGAUGGACACAAACGCUGUUUUUAAAGGGUCUUCUGGGUUAUCGAAGUGAAUAUUAAAAUCUCCGACAACUAAAGCUUUGUCUAAGGAAAUAACCAUAUCUGAGAUAAAAUCUGCAAAUUCAGAAAGAAACUCAGAAUAUGGCCCCAGGGGCCUGUAAAUAAUAAGCAAUGGAAUUAACUGGGUAGACUUAUUUUUCGAGGCUACAUACAUUAUAUGAGUAUGAAGAACUUCGAAUGUAUUAAAUUUAUAACCAGGUUUGUGUGUUACACCUAGAUAAUCGUUAUAAAUAACCGCGACGCCUCCUCCUCUGCCAGUUAGACGAGGCUGGUGUAUAUAACUGUAUCCAGGAGGACUCGCUUCAUUUAAUGCUAUAUAUUCAUUUGGCUUAAUCCAUGUUUCUGUUAAACACAGUACAUUAAACUCCUGAUCAGUAAUGAGUUCAUUAACCAUUAGCGCUUUAGAUGUAAGAGAUCUAAUAUUUAAUAGCCCCACCUUUAGAUCAAAGGUGCUGGCAGCAGCUGUACAGUCAGUCUGAUCUAAUUUUAUAUUGAUUAGGUUACUGGAACAAACUCUCUGAAAAUUUCUACCUUUUUGUUGAGCUCGGGGAACAGACACAGUCUCGAUGUAGUGGGCCCUGAGUGACGACUCCGUGCAGCUAGCAGACAGUCGGUUUAGCCUGUUCGUCUGCUCCCUGGCCUUGGCUCUGGAUUGUCAGAAAUUAACUAGGCCUGUUCUGAGACUAUGACCUAUGCUGCAGGAAAUGAGAGCAGCACCUUCCCGAGUGGGAUGGACACCGUCCCGCCCUAACAGGCCAGCAGUGCCCUCAAAAUUAGCCCAAUUAUCUAUAAAGCCCACACUGUUUUCAGAGCACCACCUGGACAGCCAGCAGUUCAGCGACCAUAACCUGCUGUAAGCUACAUCGCCACGCCGCAUUGGGAUGGGGCCAGAGCAUACUACAGCAUCGGACAUCGCCUUCACUAAUUUAAACACCUCUACAAAGUUACUCUUAGUAACCUCAGACUGACGAAGGCGUAUAUCAUUAGCUCCUGCAUGGAUAACUAUCUUUGAGAACCUGUGCUUGCCUAGGACCCUAAGAUUACCUGCUAUGUCCGGCGCCCUGGCUCCCGGUAUACACCUGACUAAAGCUGCUGGUGCCCCUAAAGGCUGAGCUAAUUUCACGUGCCGUAUGAUAGAGUCCCCUAUAACCAGAGCUCUUUCAGGUUUCUCAGUGGGUGCAUCACUAAGGAGAGCAAACCUGUUCGACACGUGACGCGGAGAGGAGUGGUGCUCCCGUGGGCGAGCCUCAGCGGUAGCUUUGGCUCUAUGCUUAUGCCGCCGAGCCAUCACCCAUUCGCCCCGCUGUAAGGGCUCUAAUGCCGGAGUUGGGGGAUUGCUAAUUCCACCUAGGGCAUCCAGCCUUUCCCUAACAGAAACUACACUGUUCUCACGCUCACUAACCUGCUCUAAAGCCUGGACACGCGCUUCUAGCACUGUAAUCUUCUCCGUCAGAGAGCUAACUAAUCUGCACUUAUCACAAGUAAAGCUAAUAGAGCUAUCGCUAGUGACGGAGGAAGAAUGACUAAACAUCCUGCACUCAGCACACUGAACAGGCUGAAGGUGUGCCAUGAUGAAAAGAUUCACGUACCUUAAAUGAAGAUCUGUUGAUAUUAAAGCAGAUCAGAUGUGGAUGGCCUCCGCUUGUGGUCUUUACACAGGAGGAGAGAAAAAGAAAGCUUCCGGUCUCGGCGUUCUUCCGAAAAAAGAAAGAAAAAAAAACGGAAAAAGGAAAGCGAAAGUGAAAAGUACAAAAAUGAAAGCGACAGUACAAUAAAAAUGAAGAGGAUACUGGAAAUUUAUUUGUAGAAAAAAAGUUAAAGGAUUAGUAAUUAACGCCAGCACUCGCGGGAAAAAGGACUCGGGGCGAACAUCUCAGGAAGCAGGAAGUGCGAUAUUUUGAUAUCAAAAAUGCUCCUACUGUUGUUAGUUUUAAAUCCAGGCUCAAGACAAAGCUGUUUUCAGAUGCUUUCACUUGAUUAAUUUUUACCUAAGUAAUUAAUUUCCUUUAACAUAAUUUCUUUUAAUUUUGAUUUUAAUGAUUUUACUUUAUUUUAAUUUCUUUUUAAUCUUGGAUUUUAAUGUUUUUACUUUUACUUUAAUUCUUUGUUACUGUGAUCCUCGUAGAUUUUGUCUGCGGGACGAUUUUAUUUGGUGAUCCUCGUAGAUUGUGUCUGCGGGACGAUUUUUGGUGAUCCUCGUGGAAGAGCCACGGGAAGAGCGCGCUUUAUGUGAUCCUCGUAGAAUUUGUCUGCGGGACGAUUUUAUUUGGUGAUCCUCGUAGAUUUUGUCUGCGGGACGAUUUUUGGUGAUCCUCGUGGAAGAGCCACGGGAAGAGCGCGCUUUAUAAGUUAAACCCAUAAUAAUAAUUAAUCUCGAGGCUGAUUCCUUUUUUGAACUUUUGUUUCAUUUUAUUUUUAUUUCUACUAUUGUUUAAAUCUUAUUUUUCUUCCCCAAUUAUUUUAUGUAAUUUUAUUUUCUAUUGUUUACUGUUCUGCUUUUACUUCUGUAAAGCACAUUGAACUGCCCCUGUGUAUGAAAUGUGCUAUAUAAAUAAACUUGCCUUGCCUUGUUUAGUUACAUUUAAGACCUUCAAGUGCACUAACUCGGAGACAUUGCAUGAUUUAAAGUUGUCAAAUUAAAUAUGGUUGUUACAGUUUUGGCUGAAAAUGACCUGUACUUUGAACUUUAUUGUUCAUGUUACACUGGUCAACAAUUUUUCAGAAGUUGUCUGCUUCAGAGAUGAAAUUGGCUAUUAUGAAAUUUGGUGUGUUGAAUUAGAAGGGACAGUUAAUCAGCUGAUUGGCUAUGGCUUCCAAGAUAUUUAAGAUUUUAAAUUUUAUGCUUGUGUACAUUGUGUCGAUCGUAAGGUUUUAAAUAUAAAUUGUAAAACUA